UUUACUGAGGUGAUGUUUGUUGACGAAAAAUCCAAAGAAAAAGCGGCUUUUACCAAGACUGGGUCAGCAGUCAAAUUCGCUGACAACUAUGAUAAAAAGGCAGACGCAUACGGCUUGUGGACAGCUCGGGGUGUUCCUUCAACAAAAUACAAAUAUCAAAUGUUGAUAUGCGACACGUCGUUUUAUAAAGGCCUCCAUUUCUCUGGUUAUACUGGCAGUUGCUACAAGCGGUGUAAUAACUGGUGUAGUGACUCAUCGUCUCCAUACUUUCGUACAGCUGCUGUAACAAGAAAUCCUAUAAUG